GGAGAAGACUGACUCGUGCGUCGCGCACCUCGGCACCUGACAUCUUUUACCGCUCGUAGACCGAGUCCACCGCACCGCACAGCGCAGGCGACGGACACUCUCCAUGGACCGGGAGGCGCUCCGCAUGGUACGGUCGCCGGAGUUCUGGCGCAUGGCCGUCCUGUGGACCCUCUUCCUCCUCUACUCCUACCUCCUCCUCUUCCUCCGCGGCCGGACCGCCGUCCCUCGCCGCCGGCGACCAGGGCCCUGCGCCGGCGGCGAAGGCGAAGGCGAAGGCCGUCGUCCCAUCUGCGUUGUCACCGGGGCGACAUCGGGGCUGGGCAAGGCGGCGGCGGCGGCGCUGGCGCGGGAGGGCUACCACGUCGUCCUCGCUGGACGUUCCACACAGUUGUUAUCUGAGACUGUUCAAGAAAUUCGGAGGCAACAGCCAGAUGCCCACCUUGAAGCGUUUCAUGUCGACUUGGCAUCCUACAAGUCAAUUAAGAAGUUUGGAACUUUGCUGAAACAGUGGAUUCAGGAGACAAAUUCGGUGCCUGACAUCCAGCUUUUGGUAAAUAAUGCUGGCAUGUUAGCGAAGUCUCAUCGAAUUACCGAGGACGGGUUUGAUGAAAUGAUACAGACAAACUACAUUGGUCCGUUUAUCCUGACCAGCAUUCUUUUACCAUUGCUGAAGAACAGCCCGGUACCUUCUAGAGUCGUUAAUCUAACAUCUUUCACACACAGAUGUGUUUCAGGUAUUGAUGUGUCUGAGGAUGCAUUGAGAGGAAUGAAACUUGGUCAGUGCUCAGUGGGGAAAAGUUAUCCCUUAGCAUCUACUUAUGAGUAUACCAAACUUUGUUUACUGCUAUUCUCAUAUGAGCUUCAUCGACAGCUUCACACAUCUUCUGUCUCUGUCAUGGCUGCUGAUCCUGGUGUAGUGGAAACAAACAUCAUGCGGGAGCUUCCUCCAUGCCUCUCUUGGUUUGCAUUCUUCGUUUUGCGCUUCCUGAAUCUCCUACAACAGACUGAUUCCGGGGUUGGCGCUGUCCUUGAUGCCGCUUUGGCGCCGCCUGGAGCAUCUGGGAAAUAUUUCUUCGGAGGGAAAGGAAGGACCAUUAGACCCUCCGGGCUGUCUUAUGACGUUGAAGUAGCCAAGAAGCUCUGGGCAGAAUCGUCUAUGUUGUUCAAGGAGCUGCAGCUUAGAGGACGUGAUUUGGGGACAAAUUAAACGAACUUGUUAAAUUGGAUACUUCAUCCGUGGAUUAAAUUUCCGAUGGCAUGCUAAUCUAAUUUAUUUUUCCUU